CCUUCCGCUCGGUGUCCGUCAAGUCUAUCCGUUACGUCAAGUCUAUUUAAGGAUCGCAUCGACCAUUCUACCCACUUGCAAUGGGUUGCAUUUUCUGUAAGGCACGCCACUUUGGCGCAAUGGGUCAACAGAACAUUAAUGGAGGUCGGGCACGAAUGGAUAAGGGACAGAAAAAGGAAAAAAAGGUACCUUCGAUCUUAACGCAUCUUGUGGAUCAAAAGGAGCGUAAGGAUCUUCCAACAUUUGAAUCAUACAUUGUGGAAGAGGAAGUAUGCAAAGGUGCUAAUGGCGUUGUUUACAAGGCAAAGAGUAAGAAAGAUGGAGCCACGGUUGCAAUUAAAUGUACCCCAUUAAAACAAGGUCCUGCUGCUGAAGCUCACGAGCAACGUCUUGAUAAGGAGUGGAAAGUGCUGAAGCAAUUUCGAGGCAAAAAAAAUAGUAUCAUUAACUAUGAAGACAGCUUCAAGAAAGGAAAUACUCAUUACUUUGUUCUAGAAUAUAUUAUGCACGACGAGCCUAAGGUGUUAAAGGAGAAAAUUAAAACUGAUCAACUCCGACGGUAUGGUUACUGCAUGUUCCGGGCUCUUGCAGCACUUCACAAGGGGGGAGUAAUACACGGAGAUGUUAAACCUGGCAAUUUCCUUUUCUCCCGUAAGCGGAACGAAGGGUAUCUGACUGGUUUCAAUCAUGCCAGGUUUCCGGAUAAGAACCCUGUCGACGGCUCUCCCAUGCCUUCAAAACAACCAAUUGCCAAUGAUGCCGCUGGUCCUGGAAAAGGUCCUUGGGUGGGAACAGGGGGCUUUCGGGCUCCAGAGGUGUUGUUCAGGUCUCCACAUCAAGGUCCUAAGCUUGACAUCUGGUCUGCCGGUGUAUCCUUGCUCUAUCUCAUAAUCGGAAAAACUCCUUUCUCUGGAGAUCCUGAACAGAACAUAAAGGAUAUAGCUAAACUGAGAGGCAGUGAGGAUCUAUGGGAGAUUGCUAAGCUACACAAUCGGGAAUCCUCAUUCCCUGCGGACUUGUAUGGUAAACAAGGCUUGGCACCUUUGCGAUUUCAAGUUUGGUUAGAGAAAAGAAUCAAACUUGAGAAAGGAGAGAUCCAGGAAGUCCCUCACGAUUUAAGAUUACUGCCUGAUCUCUUGAACAAGUGUUUGAUAGUGAACCCUAGACUGAGAAUCGGUGCAGAGGAGGCCCUUGAGCAUAAGUUUUUUGCUCCAUGCCAUGAGAAGAAAGAAAGGCAGUGCAAGUGGAAAAAUAUCGGGCCUGACCCAAAA